AUGGGGUCAAUAGCCGCCAGGACAUACCUGGCCUUCCAGCACAACGCCAAACUGCACGCCCUCAAGACCGUCGUCACCGCCGUUCGCCCCUUUGCAGACCUCGAGAAGCCCAACCGCCAGCUCUUCAAGGACGGCGGCGACCACGACCACGUCGUCGUCACCGAGCAGACCAUCUUCCACCCUCAGGGCGGCGGCCAGCCCUCCGACGUCGGCGCCAUGACGGCCCCCUCGGGCGCCUCCUUCGCCGUCGCCUCUGUCCGCAUGGACGCCGUCCGCGAAGGCCAGGUCCUGCAUUUUGGACGCUUCGCCACCACCACCACCACCACCAGCAGCACCAGUAAAGACGCCACCACGACCGCCGCCCGCUUCGCCCCCGGAGACGAGGUCGACCAGGCCAUCGACGCCGAGAAGCGCCUGCUCUACUCGCGCCUGCACACCGCCGGCCACGUGCUCGGCGCCGCCGUGCGCCACCUGCUCGAGGGCGAGGUCGAGGGCUUCGACGAGCUCAAGGCCUCGCACUUCCCGGACGCCGCCUCGUGCGAGUUCCAGGGCCUCAUCGACGGCGCCUGGAAGGCGCCCAUCCAGGCCCGGCUGGACGAGUACAUCGCCGCCGCCAUGCCCGUGCGCGUCGACUUCUGGGACGAGGACGACUUCCGCCGCCGCGGGCUCGAGCGCCUGAUCCCGGACCGGAGCCUGGCGCCGCCGGGCGGCAAGUUCCGCGUCGUCGAGGUCGUCGGCGCCGAGGUCUACCCCUGCGGCGGCACGCAUGUCGACUCGACGGACCUGUGCGGGGAGACCGUCGUCAAGAAGAUCUCGAGGAGUAAGGGGCGGUCCAAGGUCAGCUACGCCUUGAAGUGA